UCCAAGUUCGGAGUGGCUAGCCCAUCCAUCCAUUAGAUUGGUCUGGCUUUUUGGCUUGGGCAUUGGUUGGCAGGUUGGGUUGGGUUGGAACAAAUCAUGGAAGCUCAAUAGCCUUUUCUCACAUGCCAGGUCUUCCAUUGCAGCCUGAUCGUUUGAAUCUUCGUUAGAACAUAAAAGAUCGCCGUUCCCUCUCCCACCCGCCUAUCGCCGCCGUUAACUAUCAAUCAUCCAUCGCUGUCCAACAAAGCAUCCCAUCCAUCGUGACCUGAGUACCCCACUUGAUCAUCCUCGGGUUUUCCCCGUCAAACACCCUUGAGCUGUUCGUAUAACGUCUUGCAGGUAACUGCUUGCACCUCAUUGUUGUUGUUGCUAAAGCUGUAUUUGUGUUCGCCGACAAGAUGGUCACCAAACCUUACGAGAAGAAACGACUCUAUCUCCAGCACCCGGAACAGGACUAUGGCAUCGUCAGCCAUCGCGUAACACGAAUAAUCCCUCCUCCUGAACCUUCUCCUCCACUACCACCUCCAGUAAUUGUCAGACCUCCGCUGCCACCACCUCCACCUCCACAACCUCAACCACCGCCACCUCCUGUGGUCGAGAAACCACCGCCUCCUCCACCUUGCCCUCCAGUUGAGAAACCCAAGCCUCCGCCUCCUCCGGUUGUGAAGCCCAGACCCCCUUCACCUCCACCGGAAGAGCCUAUCGAGGUCAUUGCGGUGGACGUUGAGCCACACAAGAAAAAGAAGAAACCCAAGUCUCGAUCCCGAAGCAGGCACAGCCACCACUCAUCAUAUGAUCACGAUCGAGAGCGCGUCAUCGAGCGUGAGAGGAUCGUCCCUGUUCCUGUCCCGGUUCAAGUCGAGCCUCGCUAUGAAACCUUCCGGUACGUUGAGGGAACUCGACGUCGGGAGUAUUCACCUCCAUCACCACCCAGACGGAUGAUUGAGGAUGAUAGAGUACGGCUCCGUAUUACGGACCGCGAGCGUGAGUACUACCGUUGAUCAGUGAGUCAUUGGAUGACUAUGAAUGGGCGGCUCUGUAACGGCUUUAUCUGUAUUACGAUUGAUGAUUCUGGUUCUUCUUAAAUAGGUAUUGUCCAGGAGUUGAAGGCAAAUUCGGGUAUCUUUAGAGCAAACUUUUAUUAAGGAUAUCCUAUAUUUUUUUUGAAGCUGCAAACUUGUAAUGAUUCUGGAACCAUGAUAUCAAUACAUCUCAAGCAAGACUUACAAUAUUUGCACCGCAACCGAGCCCUUCCCCAAUGUGUGUUAAGUAUUCGUCUUCAGGUCACCUAUCGUGAUCGAUAGAUGCGAUUCUGGCGUGCAGGGUAAUUUGCUCGAGUCUGAACCCUUCUACGCCUCGGCUCAUAUGGUGACGAUGAAUACUCUGCCGGCUGAGCAGCUAGCUGAGUGGUUGGGGGAGCCGCCCAAUACGCCGGUUCGACUGCUUGUGAUAUGACUGCUGGUUCGCCGUAGAGCUCCUUUCCUGGUCGCUCAGAUAACCAUCGAGCUAGGCUUCCCAACUCUCCCAUGAACCAGAGUCCUAGGGUAAUAACGAGGACCGUUACUGGUAUAGCGACCACCCAAUACAGCCACUGUGAGUAGUUCAUAUCGCGGACAUCAGUCGUGAUUACGCCAAAAAUACACGAAACUGUGCUGAUAGGCAAGAAAAUGAUAGUAACAAGGAUGAAAGAAUAGAUGGCACGCUCCUGUCGGUCUCUUGUGAAGUCUAUCUUAUAUGUAAUCGCCCGCUUGACGUCUUUAGUAGAAUCGCCGAAGCGUUGACACUCAAACUCGCGUUGCUCGAUGAGACGUGAGCAUUCGAGGAAGAAGAGACCACGUAGACCUCCCGCAUCUGUAGGAUACAGUUUUGAAGAUGAAGCCAUAUCGAACAUGAAUUCUUCAUGCAGUUCCAUAUAGUCGUUCGCAGUUGCAGCCUCCUGAGCAUAAGACACAGGGACAAUUCGAUUAUAGCCCUCACCCCGAAGUUGUGAGUGAGGCGGCGGCAAGGUUUCUGAGUAGUGCCGCUUGUUGUUGUACGAAUCGUCAGCUUUAAGGCGUGUGCACAUGAGGAAGCUGGCUUACCCAGAAACCUUCAAAGUUCAUUAUGUCCUGGAGAACGUGGCUGUUCAAAGCUAGUAGAACUGCAGCUUCUUCCCCCCAAUAGCUAAAAAGCCCUACAGCCAGCGUAAUAGAGAACCUUUUGUCCUUGUGGAUCAUGAACAAGAUCUAACACUGCUGCAUGAAAUUACCUAUUUAAGCACUGUCCAGUAUAAGCUGAAGAAUGAACAAGUAGAGCGUGAAUUGAAUACUGACUCGUCCUUCAUGGGGCUGGAAGGUCCCGUAACAAUGUUUGUCUCCUCAGACUCAGG